CGUCUGACGAACGAACAUUUUUUGCUUUGGCCUAAUCAGUGGGCUGGGGCGUAGAACGGAGUAGCUCACAAGAAGAUUUGGCCCUGGGAUCAGUCCUCGAUUUAAGAGGGUGUUACAGUGGGUAACCAGUUAGCCUUCUCAGGUGGAAUUAAAUCUCCUAUCAUCAAAUUAGUCUUGUUCGUUAGGUGAGACUUGUGAGUUAUCGGACAGAUCAUUCGCCAGUUAGUACCGACGAUAAUCUGGUUUUCCUUUAUUCUACAAAGCCUGAAGUAGCACAAGAGAAUUUUUCAUAUAUCAGCUGAGUAAAGCUUCGGAAUUACAUCUUGACAUUGGGGAGACCGAGCACAAUGGCUACAAGUUCGGGGGUUCCCCAGCCCGGCCCCUCCCGUGCACGUGUUCCAAACACGGCUAAAGAAAACAAAACCAAGACUGCAAAGAACAACAGUACAAGUGCUCGCAGAUUGCAAAGAGAGUUAGCUGAAUUGACUCUAGACCCCCCACCAAAUGUCAGUGCGGGACCAAAGGGGGACAACCUCUAUGAGUGGGUGUCGACAAUUCUUGGGCCAAAGGGUACCGUGUACGAGGGUGGAGUUUUCUUCCUGGACAUUUCUUUUUCCACUGACUAUCCAUUUAAGCCACCAAAGCUGGUAUUUAAGACCCGAAUCUACCACUGUAACAUCAACAGUCAAGGUCACAUUUGUUUGGACGUUCUGAAGGACCAGUGGAGCCCGGCGCUGACCAUAUCCAAGGUGCUGCUGUCCGUGACCAGCCUCCUCGCUGACUGUAACCCUCACGACCCCCUGGUCGGCUCCAUCGCCCAGCAGUACCUGUCCAGCCGGGAGGAGCAUGACAAAAUGGCGCGCCAGUGGACCAAGAGGUACGCCACAUGAUGACGUCAUCUGGAAAGUUAGAGAAACGAGUAACUCCAAGCUGACACAGGACUGGGGAAGGGUGGCAUUUACAAUCUCAAUUGUCUACUGUCCUACAAAAGAAAUACUUAAAAGGAAUAGAGUCCUGAUGUUAAAAUAGAGGAAAAUAAUGAAUUUUUAUUUUGAUAUUUUUUUAGUUUAAGAGUUUUAAAGAUAUCUGUGUCACUUGUGUCCAUCUUAAAUCUGAGUAUCAACAAAAUCUAGCAACCUUUCUGAGCAAGUCAGUUAUAUGUAUAAUUGGCUUAAUUUUUUGCAUUAUUAAGAAUUCAUAUUUCCUUGAUUCUUUUUUCAUAAGCUUACUUCCAUGUGAUACUAUAUCCACUUUCCUUUUCAUUUUUGUAUAACGUUUUCUAUAGGCCCGAUAGCGUUCUGUGUUCCCCUGACCAGUAAGAAUGAUUAUAAACAUGUGUAAAGGAGUCUUAUAGCUGAAUAAUUGUAUGAUUUGUACAUGUAUGUUAUUUAUGUGUGAAGAACCUAUAAAACAUUUCUGUUUUAUAACUGGAUGUUUGUUUUGCAGUAAAUUUAUACAGAAGACAAGAUAAUGAUUGACUGGAGAAAAUGACAUUUUGUGCUUCAUAAUUUGCAUGACUGUUAUGUGUACACAUGUACAUGUGUAGUUACUAGUAUAUGAAAGCAAAAAAUAAAUUUUAAGUGAUAAUUAGUAA